AUGUACUUCUUUUCUUGGGAUCUACCGGCUCUUGUUCCUUCCAUUGGCAUUGGUACUUGGCAUAUGGAAAUUACACAAGAGCCCAUGAGGAUAGUUGAAGCAUAUCCUGGAGAAGUAACAUUUGCCGACUGCCAUAAAGACCGCGAUGGGGAAGGUGUGGUUGAGUUUUCCUCAUAUGAAGAUAUGAAAAAUGCUAUUAGAAAGCUUGACGAUACUGAAUUGAAGGGCAAACAUAUUAUUCUUCGAGAAGCACCG